AUGGUUUCAAUUGCUUCUACAUCCCAGGCAUAUCAUAUUUCAUUGAGUCCUGUUGCCGUUGCUUCUACAUCCCAAGAAUAUGUUUCGUUAAGUCCUAUUGAAGUUGCUUCUACAUCUCAUACAUUUCAUAAUAUUUCGUUAAGUGAGGCUGGCCAUGUAAAAAGUUCAGCUGAUGGAAUUGGCGGCUAUAUAAAGAAAUUAGCAGACGAUCAAGUGAAAUACGGCUUGGAUGUGACAAAUGUUGAUUCUUUGCUGACGAUUUUGCGAUAUCGUGUUAAAUCUGUAUACAUUGAUUGCGUUACAGAAGACGAAAUAUCAAACAUUGAUUCAAUAUUACCAAGCAAUUUUAAGCCUUUCAUUGGCACUAUGAAAAUUCAUCAAUAUACGUGGAAUAAACUACAACAUAAUUGUAUUUUAUUUAAUUCAUUAAGUUGUUGUGAUUGUUCUAAUAAAAGUCCAUGUAUAAACUUUGCUAUGGGAAAAAUUGAAUACUCUCUGAAUGAUACAGCCGGAAAAAUGAACAACAGAUUGCUAGCAAAAACAAAAAAAUCGGAAAAUUCGUCACCAAAAUUAACUAAAAAUUUAAAAUGCCUUGAAAAAGAUGUUGCUAAAGACAAUUUAAAAAAAAAAUUAAACAGUAUCACUGCGUAG